AUGACUAGCGACGAAGAGCAUACAACCUCUUUGAAUGACGAUCGACAGCUCAAUGCUUUUCGUGACAGUCUUCGCGAUGGCACAAUUUGCGCUAAAUUACAUGGAAGUCGUGGAGAACCAACAAGUGGAAGAUUAAAACUACUUGAAGAUAAAGUAACUUUCAUAUGGGAACCUAAAGCUGUGCCGCUACAAUACUAUUUGCCACCAUUAGUAGUGCACAAAAUGGUAUUGCCCAGUAUUAGUGGUAAUCUUACCGAGAUCAAAAGUGUACGGACAGGACGUCAGACGACCAACUUUGUACGGACUUUGAAAUAUGUUUCAACGGACGAACUUCCUUCAAACGAUAAUUGUUGUCUCUCGCUAUGUUUGACAAGUAAUACAAUAGAUUUAGAAUUCUCCAAUUCAUCUACGCGCGAUGUUGCCUGUGCAUUUUUUCGACAGCAAGCAAAUCUGGAAGUGGAGAAUCUAGAGAUUUUCUCGGACAUUGAAUUACCCACUGGUCUCUCGACAAAAUGUUUUCAAAUUGUUAGUCAUCCUUCAUUUCAGCUUGCAAUAUUUCUUGCUGUAGUUGGAAGCAUGACAUCUGUUGGAUGGCGAUCCUUUCGCUACAUCACAAAUUUUGAUAGUGGAGAUGUCGAGGAAGUUGCACGAUUUGGUAUGACGUUGUUAGAAUAUUUCGUCUUAGUUUUUCUAACGGUGGAACAAGUGUGUAAAGUGAUUGGAUUCGAAGGUCUUUUACCAUUACUAGGAAACAAAUGGGAUGCCUUUGAUCUCUGUGCUGUUUUGAUUAGUUGGUUAGCAGUUCUUCCCUUUUCUUCGGUUGCUGGCUUUAAUUUAUUGUCUUUUCGAGUUUUUCGAGGUGUACGAAUCUUCAAACGAUGGAAAAGUUUUCAAGAGACGAUGGAAACCUUUCUUGUCUCGUUACCUAUGGCUCUAAACGCUGUACUUUGCUAUUGUUACUACUUGUUUCUCUUUGCAAUCUUGGGUAUGUAUUUGUUUAACGAUUCUCUCUCCCAUCGAUGUGCCAUUCAAGCAGAUUCUGAUCUUUCGAUUGUAUCCUUGUCUCUUGAUGACAUCAAAGCGUAUGUUCCUGAAACUCCAGUACAUUUCUGUAAUGUCGAUGAUAUUAAGUCAGGAUGUAAAUCCAAUAUGGAGUGUGUCCCCAUGUCUCCUCCAGAUCGAGGAUAUACUGGAUUCCAUUCGUUUCAAGCAUCAUUUCUCACUGUCUUUCUUAUCACAUUACGAUCAGGAUUUGGUCCAUCACUUGAUGGAACGCAACAAGCUUCGUCGUAUUUCGCUCUGAUAUAUUUCAUUGCCUUAGUCGUGUUUGUAAGCUACAUGAUUUUAUCUUUGUUCGUUGGAAUCGUACGAGAGAGUUAUAUCUCCGUCUCUAUUGGUCGGACAGCAAAAGCAAUACAACAAGAGCGUGCGAUGGAGGAGUAUCUUGCAAAAGCACGGAUUCAAUUUCCAAAAGGGACGGAAACAUUUCCAGACGUCAUUCAACUUAUGGAGACACACUCUCGAGUCUAUCGCACACGAAUUAUUGAGUGGUUUUUACAAUCUUUUUUAUUUACUCGAUCCGAUGGAGCUUUUCUAAGCUGGUGUCGAUUACGUCAAGAUCGAAUUUUCUUUCUUUUAGAAACUGGAAGUCCGACAAUGGAUAGAAUCUCGGCUAUUGCAGAAUCUACAGUGCUUGAACAUGUGAUGAAUCUUGUUGUCUUUUGUAACUCGAUACUUUUUGCAUUAGAGUACCAUGGUAUGAGUGAAAGUUACGCUUCUCGUCUUUACACGAUUGAAAGUGUUUUAAUGCUCGUGUAUGGAGUGGAAUUUGUUAUUCUUGCUGCUGCAUCAAAUGGUCUCGUGGGAUAUUUACAGAAUCCAUGGAAUCGCUUGGAUUUUGUCUUGCUCGUCACUGCUUGUGUUGAGGUUUUUCUACUCUCUUGUUCUGUAUUACUCUAUACUGAUAGCUAUGCACGUGGUAUCUUUGUCUUGCGGUUAUUUCGCCUUGUCCGACCAUUUCGAGUUGUACGACAGAACAACAAAUUGCUUUUAGUUCUGGAUGCUAUUUUAGCAAGUGUACCAGCAUUUUUAAGUUCCAUUGCCUUUUUGAUUCUAUUGAACAGCGUCUUUGCAGUCGUUGGCAUGAAUCUUUUUGGUGGUAACUUUCCACUUACUAUGCAAUCGCAUUUCAAUACAUUUAGCGAUAGUAUGCUUACAUUGUUUAAAUUUACAAAUGGUGGAAGUAUCUGGCCAAUUUUUCACGCAUCGUUACAAGCAAGUUCGUUUGGAGUGGCUUUGCUUUAUUAUCUAACAUACGUUGUAUUAUGUCGAUUCCUUGCGUUAAAUUUUAUGCUCGUGGUUCUACUUCGAAACUUUGCAAUGAAAGGCGAUGAAAGGAGAAAAACGCUAAGUGGAAUCUUUCAAGAUCGAAUGUUUGCUAUCCAGCGUAUUCAUCUCUUUGACAUGUAUACUUUUGUGGAAGAAUUUGGUAAUUUAUAUCAAGAAGAUAUUAUGAACAUCAGUCUACCAGGAAGUGCCAAACGACGAGCACAGCGAGCUUUAUCAGCGUCUGAAGCUUUAAAAUCGAGACUUUUGAAUGUUUUACCAACGUCUGACUUUUUAAAAUUAAAAGGAUAUUAUGGUCCUACGAAAACUCAACACGAGCGUCGAUAUAUUCCACUUGAUGUGAAUGGAAAGUAUAAAAAUCUGGCAACUGUCACUCCGAUUGAAGACACUUCAAAUUCAAUCGUCGCUACUGAAACUUCAAAUGAAAAUUCUGCUGAUGAAUGGACAGGAUGGACUUCGUCUGGAAGGUUUACAGAUUACGCACGGCAGUUCUUGGAUGGUCAUUGGCUUAUGGCAGACGUUUCAUUAUUUCUCUUUCCACGGCAAUCGUGGAUUCGUUUAAAAGCUCGACGUUUGGAAAAAGAGACGGAAAAGUACAUUUUUGUUGCGAUUGUCAUCCGCACAAUUCUACUAACCGUACAAUCACCGCUGUAUUCAAAUUUGAUUCAAGAACUUACAACAUUAAGUGAUGUCGUUUACGCAUGUAUUCUCUUCUUUGAGUUUCUUUUAAAAGUCAUCGCUCGUGGAUUCAUCUUGACUCCAAAGAGUUAUUUAUCUAACACAUGGAAUCAAAUCAAUAUGAUUGUUCUUUUAGCGUGUUCGUUGUUACUUUUAUUGCCACAUUCGACAAUGAUCUCGUUAUUUCGCCUUGGACGAGCUUUUGGACCAAUUCGUGUCUUUUAUCGCGUCAGAACUUUUCGAGUCAUCACGGAAGCGCUAAAAGAGUCUGCAAGACCCAUUUUUUAUUGUGUUGUGCUUUCUAUUUUCUUGUUCUAUUCGUUUGCAACGUUAGGGAUGCAGAUUUUUGGUGGACGCUUUGCAUAUUGUAGUGAUCCAUCAAUUGAUAGUAUGGACGAGUGUAUUGGAGUCUUUUGGAAUAGUGCAACUGGAGUAUUAACCCCACGAGUUUGGGGGAAUCUUUCAGGAUUACACUUUGAUCAUAUUACAGGAGCAAUGUCUUCUAUCCUUUUUCUUGUCUCCAUGAAAGGAUGGUUACCUGUUGUAAAUAUUGCUAUGGAUUUUGUCGAUGAUACGAAUGGGAACAAAGAACAUCAAGUAUCUGCGAUUGCAUCAACGUAUUUUGCAGGCUUUUUCGUCGCUUUUCUCUUUUUCACACGUUUUUAUCUUUUAAAAGUCUUUGCUGGGAUCCUUAUGAACAAUUUUCGAUGUUAUAAUGGUACUUUACUAUUAACAAAUGUUCAAUUGAUCUGGUUACGAAAGAAACAAGCGAUUGUUGCUAUGCGUCCAAAGUAUCCAUUGCCUACAAGUAGAUUGAUGCAAUUGGCUCAAGUUCACAUGCAGAAACGUUCGUUUCGAGGAUUUAUUAGUUUUGUAGUCCUUCUUCAUACUUCAUUGCUUGCAUGGUAUCGCUCUCCAAUUCAUCAUGCAACAGACACUGAUACUGUCGAGUCAGGCGUAUGGUGGCUUCAUUACUUAUUUUCUCUCAUAUAUGCAUUUGAUGCUGUACUUCGUGUCGCUGCUGUUGGAUGGAAAGAUUUCUUAAUGAAAGGAUUUACAUGGAGAACGUUUAAUAGUUGUACUGCAUUUAUUAUGCUCGUUGGACCAUUAAUUUCAAACUCUCCUGUCUUUUUAAUCUUGGGCAUGACACGAGCAUUUGACUUUAAACAUCUCUCGCUUGUCUUAGAGCGAUCUCGUGCUCUUCGAACAUUAUUUCGAACUUUAUUAGCUAGUGUACAAUUGACGUUGAAAGUAACCUUGUUACUUGGUUACGUUUUAUUUGUUUUUGCAAUUGUGGGGGUACAAGUAUUUUCACUUACACGAUGGGCAAAUGGCUUGAAUUCCAAUUUAAAUUUAACAACAUUUCCAAAUGCGUAUUCAACAUUUGUGAAAUUUGCAGCUGGAGAAGAUUGGUAUGCAACAUAUUUAGCCUCAAGUGUAGCACCUCCACAAUGUGUUUUAUCGCGGUCUUCGAGCGAUUGUGGCUCACCAACGAUCAGUGCACUCUUUUAUAAUAUCUUUUAUAUCUUAGUGGUACUUAUUUUACAAAAUUUGUACGCUUCAACGAUGGUGGACACAUAUGUGUUAAUGUCUGCUAGAGCGGAUGAGAAAGAGGAAAUAUUAGGUUUUCAAGUGGAACAUUUGCAGCAUUUUCAAAAAAUUUGGAGUGAAUUUGACACGGAUGCAUUGGGAUUGCUACAUAAAAAACAUUUAUUUGCACUUUUGAAUAGACUAGAACCACCAUUGGGACUUGGAACGUUUCAAGCUAUGCUUGAAAGUAUGGCGACUGACGAGAUGACACCGGAAAAUUGGACUGCAGUAUCUAAUGCUGUUCAUUCAAGAAGACGCGAAAUGUAUCAUGAUAUUGAAGCACGAAUUGCUGAACUCACGUAUCGAGUUCGUCUUGGACUUGGAAGUUUUGAUGGUCUUAAUGGUAAUGUGAAUACGAACAUCAACUUUGACUUGAUCUGUCCUCCCAAUAUGUUUCGCUUUACGGAUCUCUUACUUGUAUUAACAAUGCGAGUGCUACCACUUGAAAGCUUGACAGUUCAAGAAAAAGUUGAUGAGCUUGCUAUGCGUGGAUACGCCUUCCGUCACCGCAAAGCUAUUAUGAUUCAGUCAAGUUACAAAAUGUUUCGAACACGUCGUCGAAUAGGUAGUCGGAUAAGAACGGCUAGACGGGCAAGUGAAGCAAGUAGAAUGCAGAUUCAAAUGAAGUUAGAGGAGAAAAAGAUAAAACAGGAAGUACGAUCUGAAGAACAUGUGGAAUCUAUAGAAUGCGAGCAACCUCGAGUCAAAACAACGUUAGCAUCUCGAUUAGGAUUGAUAUUACCAAGUCUCUCACUACAAAGUAUAGCUUUGGAACAUGUACGAGCUCCUGCAUCGGUCACUCCGAUUCUCUCAGAGCAUUUAAGGCAGCAAUCUGAUGGCAAGAAUUGCUCAAUAUAA